GAGCCCGGCCCUGCGCCUGAGACUCUUUGGGGAUUGAACUUCAAGAGCCCUUUUAUUCUCUCCUGUGAUGUCAGGAGCUUCAGGCCUUUUCUAAGCCAAAAUAAGCACAGAUGUUUGGGGCUGCAGAAGUUCUGGUGCAUACCACGUUAUCGUAAUCAAGAAUAAUCCAGAACCACAGCAUCAAGUGUAUCUCGUUUCGCAUUACAGAGCCCUCGACCUUUCGACCAUCCAGCCUUCUCCAAGGUGAUGACUCCUGUCUCCUGAGACGUUGGAAAACCUAGUUUGGAAGAAGAGUAAAGAUACAGUUGAUGCAGAACUACAGCCAAGGAUGAAGCGGCGAGCAUCAGACAGAGGAGCUGGGGAAACAUCCGCUAAGGCAAAAGCUCUUUGUACAGGGAUUUCUGGAAAUAAUGCCAAGAGAGCGGGCCCUUUUAUACUGGGUCCACGCUUAGGUAACUCCCCUGUGCCAAGUAUUGUUCAGUGUUUGGCAAGAAAGGAUGGGACAGAUGACUUUUAUCAGCUAAAGAUUCUCACCUUAGAAGAAAGGGGUGAUAAAGGAAUAGAAACCCAGGAGGAACGACAGGGCAAGAUGCUGCUGCACACAGAGUAUUCUCUCCUUUCCCUGCUCCACAACCAGGAGGGAGUGGUUCAUCAUCACGGGCUCUUCCAGGACCGAGCCUGUGAAAUUAUAGAAGACCUAGAAGCCAACAGAAUGGUCAGGAAAAUGAAGAAGCGCAUUUGUCUUGUGUUAGACUGUCUCUGUGCUCAUGAUUUCAGCGACAAAACAGCAGAUCUGAUCAAUCUGCAGCAUUACGUCAUUAAAGAGAAGAGACUGAGUGAGCGGGAGACAGUAGUGAUAUUUUAUGACGUGGUACGAGUGGUGGAAGCAUUACAUAAGAAAAAUAUUGUGCACAGAGACUUGAAACUAGGAAACAUGGUGCUAAACAAAAGGACUCAUCGAAUAACCAUAACGAACUUCUGUCUCGGGAAGCACCUGGUGAGUGAAGACGACCUGCUGAAGGACCAGCGAGGGAGCCCUGCCUACAUCAGCCCGGACGUGCUCAGUGGACGGCCGUACCGUGGGAAGCCCAGUGACAUGUGGGCGCUGGGCGUCGUGCUCUUCACCAUGCUCUACGGCCAGUUCCCCUUCUACGACAGCAUACCUCAGGAGCUCUUCCGCAAAAUCAAGGCCGCCGAGUACACCAUCCCUGAGGAUGGACGGGUCUCAGAAAACACUGUGUGCUUGAUCCGAAAACUGCUGGUCUUGGAUCCGCAGCAGCGUCUGACGGCGUCUGAAGUGCUGGAUUCUCUCAGCUCCAUCAUCGCAUCCUGGCAGUCAAUGUCCUCGCUGAGUGGCCCUUUGCAAGUGGUGCCGGACAUCGAUGACCAAGUGGCUAACCCUGAAAACCCCCAGGAGGUGAAGGUGACGGAGGAGUGCUCGCAGUACGAGUUUGAGAACUACAUGCGGCAGCAGCUGCUCUUGGCUGAGGAGAAGAACACCUUGCAUGAGGCCAAGAGCUUCCUCCAGAAGAGGCAGUUUGGGAACAUCCCCCCCGUGCGACGUCUGGGCCACGACGCCCAACCCAUGAACCCUUUGGACGCAGCCAUCCUGGCCCAGAGGUACCUUCGGAAGUAGCGUCCCACAGCCCGAGAGCACAAGCGCCGUCCUGCAGUCUGCCUUUCACGUCGCCUACUACAGCUCAACAGCAAUACCCGUGUCCCGGGAUGGAGAGUAAUGUAGCAAAUUCUUCUGAGCUCUGUUCAGGGACACACACACACUCGCUCUGGAGGGAGAAGACUUUUGGAGAAAAAAAAAAAAAAAAGCUAGUUUUUGAAGCAGCAACCUCUUGGCAUCUUCUGGAAUCUUUUUUUUUUUUUUUUUUUUUUAAAUCGAAGCCUCGAUGACUAAUCUGCUUUUAAUCAUGACUGUAAUCUACCUCUCUUGUCUUUUUAACCAUGCUGUUUUCUGGAUCGAGCAAAGCCUGUGGGAAAGGAGAAGACUACCAAGGGUGAAGCUGGUUUGCUGGCACAGGAGCCGCGGCUGUGCAGCGUGGAGAGCCGGCUGAUGGCGUUCGCUCCGUAUGGUUUGAAUAAGCUUAGAUUUAUCAGGGUUUCUCGAAAGGAAGAAUUUCUUGAAACCUCCCACUUCCCUUCAUCUGCAUCAAACCUUCUCUGUCCUUACCCUGCCACCCGCUCUGGCUGCGGUGUCUGGCCCAUGGUGGCCCCGUGUGGGCUGUAGCUCGCCAAGGCCUUCGUCAGCCGGCACAAAGAGCCCCCCCAUGACCUGCUGUGAGUGGGGGCUGCCCCCAGAGCCCGGCCACCCCCCCCGGGCCACAGCCCCCUGGGCCACAGCCCCCCUGGCAGGCAAAAGCCACAGGGAGCAGAUCUUGGGGGCAGUUCUGAGGUUUUGCAGGACUGGGCCCGGCGUGGCCUCUGACCUCCUCCUUCCCACCUUUCACUGAUUCUGUUAGUUUCAUAAGGAUAUAUGAUUUAAUCUUAUUUUUCAGUAGCUUUAUCUAAGGUGCAGUUAAAAUUGCAUUAAUUCUGAUUUAGCAUUUUCACACUUCAGUUGUGGUACAGAUAUAAUAUAUGAGUUAUAAUGUGAAAAAAAAAAAAAGCUUCCCAAAAUAAUCUGCCUAGAUUUAGGAAGGGGCUGGCUGAAGUCUCUACUGUAUUUGUUCCCUCCCUUAUCUUGCCAUCCCCGGGGCUGCCUCUGCUGUCCCCCUUGGUGCCCGGGUGGGAGAAGGACGUCCCCGUUCGUCACCUGAUGCCGCUGGAAGAGCGUUGGCCUGUGCUGAGAACAGGAACGAUUGUUUCUGAGCCUCAUUUUGUGAACUGGAUGCCUCUCUUGCCAGAUGAACUGUUCUCACACAGAGGUUCCGGGGCUCCCGGUGCCCCCUCCGGCUGCUCCCGGCCCCAGCGUCACCCUCUCCUGCCACCCUCGGGCCGGGCACAAGGACACGUGUGAGCAGGGAUGGGAGAAGCUGCUGUGGCCUCAGCUGGGGGCUGGCCCUGCUUUUUGGGGUUGACUCUCCAGCCCCGCUCCCCGGGGUGCGUGGGCAGGGAGCGAGUAGCAGAUGUGUUUUGUAGCGUGUUGCCUUCUCUUGCCGCGGGCUGGGGCAGGGGACUGCGUCUGGCCUGGGCCACCCUCCAGGUGUCUUUGUUGGGGACGUAGGGAUUGACCUGAAACUCCUUGGCAGCGUUGGGCAUUACCUCCUGCCUGCGAAGUCGCCGGGGCCGCUCGGCCGCGGGCGGGCAGGGACUUGUGAACACUAAAUACAGACCAGAACAGUCGCCCCAACCCCAGCCAGCUGAGCCAGUAGCCUCCAGUCUUAGCCUUAUUUAUUUUAGAGAUGGUAGGUCUGUCCUGGCACACCCCGCUGUGUCCCCAUCGCCCUCCCUGUGCCACCAGCAGCAGAGCGGGCCCCCCCCCAGCCCCUGAGCACCCCUGGGGCCCGGACCCCCCCGCUGGGACCCUGCUCUCUCCAUCUGGUUUUCUUCUGUCUUGCUCCCACCUCUUUAUUAUUAUUAUUUUUAUUUUUUUUUCCCCAAAAUUAAAGCAAUAGUGGGGGGACUCUGCACGGCUGUAUCGUACCCAGUAUUCCUGUGCACCGGUCAUCGCCAGUAAAUCACACGUGUAUUAAAGCAAACUGGAAGAGGGGAUGU